GUCUAGUUGUAGAAUUACGCGAGAUUUUCUAAUUUAGUUUUAAUUUAAUUUGUCAUAUUAAUUGUAAGGGAAUAUUUAACGAAAAAUAUUGGAAACGAUAGUUAUAGAAAAGAUCGAACGGAUUGUGAUAAAUGAAAAGUGUUAGUUACAAGUUAAACGAAAAAGGCAGCCUUGAAGUUGCAAAUUAUAAAACGACAAAGGCAAUUGGGCGCAGCCCCAAUGCCAAAGGUUGGAAAAAUCGAAGUCCGGAUAUCAAUUUGGCUGCAUUCGCUAAUAAGGGUGUGGAUCCACUGCUCUGCAAAAAAUAUUGAAAAUUCAAUAAUUUAAGUGCAUAAUUAUGUGAAAAAUCAGCUCGGAUUGUUUGAAAUGUAUAGACUAAAUAGUGAUUAAUGGAAAAAAGCUACUGCGAAGUGAUAUGUGCGGUGCGAAUGAAUAUUGUGAUAAUUCUUAUCUAUAAUUUUUUCUUUUUUGUAAAAUUGCGACUGAUUCACGGAUAGUUAUAGAAAACGGAUAUAAAGCAACUUCAAGAUGGAAAUGGUUGUCGAAGAAUCCGAUAACAAUUUUGGUUUCCCCGAAGCGGGUAACUGGAACAAUACCAGCCACAUACCACUAGAAAAUAUGAAAAUCGAUGCGCCGAUGAUAUGGCUUCUUUGCUCUCUACUGACAUCUAUUACUUGGGUUACCUACAUAACAUUCUACAAUUCACGCCUAGUUGGAGUUUUCAUAACGAAAAUUGUCAAUCGCUGGUAUAUAAAAGGCGCAUAUUUUAAAAUUGGUUCCGUAGCAUUGAAUCCGUUGGCGGGCAAAAUUAUGUUUCGUGAUUUUGUCUAUAUAACAUUCGAUUAUUCAGUGCGUGUACAGGAUGGUUAUUUCAUAUUUCGCUGGUGGCGAUCAUAUGUUCCCAAAGAUGUUUCCGAAGAUCUCUCCCAUUCCGAUACACGCCUCUCCGUACAGUUAAAUGGUUUUGAACUGCACACAUACAAUCGCUCCGAUCUCUAUGAUCAGCUUGAGAAAACCUUUGGACUGAAACCUUCACUUCUAAUACCGACUGAUAAUCUAACUGCUGAAGAGCGUUCGAAACUCAAAGAGCACACCAUGAAUAUGGAGAAUGCGCGACAAAGCAAGCGUGAAAGCGUCAAAAACUCAGAAGCCAUGAAAGCAACUACUUGGCGUGAUUUAAUACCGGUGAUAAAGAUGGAUAUUUGUUCUGGUCGUUUUGUCUUCGGCAAUCGAUUGACACCUACAACUCUGUCCAUUUCGGUGGAGGAGGCGCAUUGUACGUACAGUACUAAACCGGCUGUUUGUCGGCUCGAUAAUUUUAUGCAUUUCGUCAAAGCAAAUAUCGAAAAUGCAAAAGUUAUGUUCGCACCCAGUCCAAAGUAUACGGGCUUAGUAGAUGAACCGCCUCGUUACAUGGGCGAGGGAUUCGUGGUUAUGAUGUGCAAUCAAAUGGAGUUGUACUUUUACAUGGAUGAACCGGGUGUGGUGCCAGAAGAGCCAGUGUUAAUUAUACUUGCUAAUGGCGAUGUCGUGGAACCAUCUCCACCGGUGUGGGGUAUCAAUAUCAAGUGUUUGAAAGGCACUGAUUUCAGUUAUGGCCCAUGGGCAGAUCGUCAACGUGAUCACCUGUUUAAAUUCUUCUAUCCACCUGAUUGGCAGGAGAUGAAAGUUACUCCCACCCCGAAGCCAGGUGAGCUGCGAAGUUAUCAAUCGUUCGAUGUAACACUCUGUGUGCUGAGCGAAGCCACAAUCGAUAUACUCUUUUCGAAAGAUAAAGAGACAAAUGCCAUGCAUAUCACUGUGGGUCCAGCCUCAUAUGUGGAGGUGACCAUACCGUGGGUAACACACAGCGAUGGUUAUAUGUCUAAAAUUCAAGGGCAACUAUUUCAUGUCGAGGCCACCACUUCGCUGCAGUAUCGCAGCCUGGCCGAGCUGGAAUCGCUCGAGUACAAAGUGCGCAUACACUAUCCAACGCGCUGGAAUGCACCGCAGGACUGGAGCAUCGCUUUGACUGGUUGCAAGGCUACGGCUUUUAUCGUUUACAAGCAUAAAUGCUUCUUUCAGGAUCUCAUCGAGGAUUGGGCCAGCAAGGCGCGACCUGAUAUACUCGCCUUUGUGCCGUAUACGUGCAAAUUCAAUAUACUUUUGAAUGAGUUUGAGCUUUUAACGCUGUGCAAUGAAUACAAUUGGAUUGACUGUUCCAGUGCCAAUCAAGAGAAUAAUCAUUUGGCCUUCUGUGGUGAUGUUUUCGACAUGAGCUUUGCGCUGCCGUUCGAUGAUUUCCUGCCCAAAACAGUAACCUUAAAAUUUUGGAUACAUGGCGAGGGUUUGGAUUUGAGUUUGUAUGUGCCAGAGGUGUCUUCUACGCGCCCCAUUGUAUUGGCUAUAGAUGAAAAUGCGCGUCUCUUGACACGCGGAGGUAAAGUCAAAAGUCGUCCUGAAUUGUAUACAAAAAAAUGGCGAAAAAUAUGCCAGCGGAGUGCGGGUUGGAUAGACUGCUGGACUGUGCCGAUAGUAGCGCUCUCUAUACAGUAUGUUUAUCAUCCAGUGCCACCAUUAGGCCCAGAUCCGCAAGCUGAUAUAACUACGCCGGAAAAAGAAGAAAUAUUAUUAAGUCCCAUGCGCAUCCCUAAAAUACGGAAAUCACCGGUUUCCAACUGGCAAAAGCCGGAGCAGCAUAAAUUCGAUCCAGCAACUUUAGCGGCCGAUCAAGUCACCGUCGAGCUGGAAAUAGGCUCCUCGGUACUCAUGUGUUACGGCAACGUAUUGCGUAAUUUCAUAAAUUUAAAAGAAAAUAUCUUUGGCGAAGAUCAAAAUUUCACCGACAUGGAGCAAUCAAAUGUACAAUUGAAGGAGAGCAAUACAACGAGCACAACGACAAACCCAAAGGAUCAGUUGCUAUCGAAAGAAAAAGAUAUGGCGACAAAGUCCAUAUCAGAAGUAACGGUGCCGGAGGAGAAACAAAAACCGUUCGAUCCACGUUUGUAUCGACCUUUGGAGGUAAUUGUUUCGCUCAUCAUACACGAUAUCCAAGCGCAUAUUAUGAAAAACUGCAACGAAAAUGAUCCGCCUUGUCCGGUGGUGCUAAUCGAACGUUUCGGUUUUGAGAUGAAUAAACGCUAUCACGAAACCACGCUUCAGGUGUUGGUUAGUCCGUCGUAUUUGAUCACUUCCGAUUUGGUGGUGCGUCCGAAUAGAGACAAACAUAUAAAUCAAGGGCACUUGUUACUCUCAGCGGUGCAGGUACGUGGCCAUGCAAUGUUUAGCAAUGAAGGCUGUGCACUUGACGAAGACACUUUAGAGUAUUCUUGGUUGGUUGAAGUACAGCUUGGAAAAUUAUCUGGCAAACUUACAUUGCCACAGCUUUGCAAUGUUGUUGUUGGUCUAGAGACUCUGGUACUGCUAGCGGUGGAUCCAGAAAAUUGUUUGAAAUCCCCAAAAACGGUGCGUAAUUGUCAUCACGGCGUGCCGAGUAACCAAUGCCCGCACACUAAAGAGGAAAACAAAUACAAAUGCCCUUCAGCUGAAGAUAUCAAAUACAAAAUGACGCGUGUGUCUAUAGAUGCAGUAGAUGUGUAUUUAAUUGAGAGUGGAACAGCGUUACAUGCCUGGGUUUCGCCAAUCCGCUUGGCCAAUUGCAAUUUGCACGGCCAACGUGUUAAGUCUGGCAUCUCUGGUUUGCUGCCGUCAAUACUGCUACGCCUCUUCAUGCAUAACGGUAGUUCGUACUCAAAUCUCACCAACUCUUACAAUACCAACACUACUGGCAGCAAUCGUUCGGGUAAAAUGCGUCGUUCGGAACAGGAUUCAAUCAAGUCAGAGCAACAACAGUCACAACAUAAUAUUGGCAAGCCGAAACGUAGCUCGAACUCGUUUUCACAACGACGCGAUUCACGUGAAGAAAGCAAUAGAAAAUUGCGUGACAGUUUUUCGGAAUGUAAACGCGCUUACGAGACUGAAUUCUUCGAGAAUUGGAUUGAGGUUGGUUGUACUUCAUUGGGACCGAUUUUACUGGAGGGCGCAUCGGCACUGCCCAUCCCUGAUCAUAAAUUGCAUAUCGUGCAGCACAAUUUUCUGCGCGAACACGAUGCCAAAUACAAACGGUUAUGGUUUUUGUGGAAUGCAAACAGCAGCAAUGCGACGCCUGCUCUACCACCAUCAACUGGCACCGAAAUUUCACGCUGUGGCUGCAUUGGCGGUUGUGCAUUCUUCGGCAGCAAUCGCAAUGGCUUGAAAUUUUUCAAACCCUCAGCCCAAGAUAUACAGGACAACUACAACAUAGCGCGUUAUUUUAUUAUCAACAACAACAAGGACUACGGUUUUGGCGAGAGUAUACUACAUCAGGGCCAACUGGUGUUCCACACGCCACCCUACAGCUUGCAUUCGGUUGCGCUGCAUGAUAGCGCUGAUUUUAACGGUAAAGGUAAACAUUACUGGCCAGCUGUGGAGUUGCGUAAUGGCAGCCUCAAGAAAUCAGAAUUGUGCAGCAAAGAUGUUGGUGGAAAACUGAAAAUCGGUAAUGCCAUUGAAAUGCCAGACAUAAAUGGACGUAAAUCACGCGAGAGUACAGGUUCGCCGAAUACGCUAGAGCGACGCAAUAAACGUUAUUCAUACAGCACUGCUAGCCGACAAACCUCCGUUGAGGUGCCUUAUGCGCGCCUUUUGGAUAGCCCAUCGAAGAAAGUGGUGCGGCAGGACUCUAACGAAUCACAGUUGCAGGUAGCAUUUCGACGCGGUUCGGAUACAACUAAAUCACAAUCUCAAAACAAUACUCUACGUGUGUCACCACCGAAAACCAGCAUAUCGGAUUCACGACUAACUGGGGAAGCCGAUGUUGAAGACGAGCUGGAGAUACCAGAUGAGAUGUCACAUUCGGCGCCGCAUUCACAUCCGCUCGAAUUCGAAAUUGCCGAUUUACCGCUGCAAACACAGCUGUCCAAUGAAACAGCUCUCACCAAUGGUGGUGAUCACUUGACGCGCGAAGUACAGCGCACGAUUUCGCUGACAUCGGAGAAUCCCUCCGAGAUGUUUUUCUCAGCCGAAGAGGAUAUAUCGAAUGUUAUGUCGCAAGGUGGUUCCAUUAAAAACCGCAACGGUUCGAUAAUUCUCUCUGGCAAGAAACGCUUUUCCUCAGAUCUAAGUAUUGGCGCACAAAAUGAGAACGCUGGCCUCACACUCUCCACCUAUCGCAGCGAUUUGGAGAUUCACGCGCCGGAAUCUAAAACAUUGCCAAAGCGUCCUCAAAGCACCACUGAAUUGAACGAAGACGUGAGACGUAUUCAUGGUCUUGCCACACCAAUCAGAAAACUAACAAAUAUUUCAUCAAGACCUGAGUAUCGACAUUUUAUUCAUGAUGUUGAUUCUCGUGGCUCCUCCUCGGGCACACCUUCGCUAUCGUCAAACUCUUUCAUCUCGGCCAUGUCGUCACAGGAAGACGUUGCACUUGUCAAUCUGCAUCAGCAAGUGAAUCGGCCCAUCAUCGAUUCACCACUACUGAUGGCAAGCUAUCUAAAUCAUUUGUCACAAGUGAAAUGCUUCAAUUGGACCGCUUGCGCCUUUCCAUCAGGGCCAGACGUUUUCUCCACGCCCAUGUUUCACGAGAACGAAGAUGGCGGUCUAACCUAUAUUGGUAGCAAAAUGGUGCCACAUUUUGAUUUGUACGCUUGUUGGCGUGAAAUCAAAGUGGUGCCACGAUAUGAGAAUACAACGGGCAGCAAUAGUUCGGCCACAUUUAUGGGUGGCCCAAAGUCGCAUCCGUGGGAUCCCAGUGUGCUAUUGAAAGAAGAAGAGAGUGACAAAACGACAAAUGGUUUCGACGAUGGCGAAUUUAUGAGUUUACAGGCGGAAGGUGCAGCCUGUACAUCGGUGGUGGCGCGCUUAAAGGGACAGGUGAAUGUCUUCCUCACACCAUUGAUGCUGGAAGGAUUGCAGCGAAUGGUGGAAGCCAGCAUACCCACAAUAUCGUCACUGCAUCUACUCUCGGUGGUCAAUCACAUACACGCCUCAUGCAUUGCAAAGGUGCAGAACGAUAAUAUACUCAAGCGGGAUCAAAGUUUGAGUUACUGGUCACAGGUGCAUUCGAAUUCGAAACGUUCAACUACAGAGCGCAACUUACAAGGACCCGGCGACUCAUUUCUAAGUGAUGUCUAUGAAGAGAGUAUAUCGACAAAGACGCAAGGGUUGAUUGUACUACCAAAGGUUAGCAUAACAAUGCUGCAGUCGUCCAUCAUUGAAGAGGUUAUCUCAGUGGCAGCGUUGGAUAAUGUCCAGGAUCUCAGUUGCGUCUCACUUCUGACAUUCUACAUCGAAGGUGUGUCGACCAAAUUCCAUUUGGGUAAAACUACACGCGCAUCCAUGCACAAUGUUUACAUACAGCAAACUGUGCAAUCGGGCAAUAGCCACAAAAAGGGUGGCAUUAUGAAAGGUACACGCGCGCUCUUAGCGCAUUUGUCCUCGCAAACGCGUCCGGACAACAUACAAGGCGAGCCCAUACUAAUUGAAACGUCCGAAAAACAACUGGAAGAGUUGGUAAUUACGCUUGAUGUGGGGCGUGCGCAUGCGCAGUUACGGCGGCUGAAAACCGAAUCGAGCUGUGUCCAAGAAUCGCCUAUAAUUGUUACCGCCAUACCCGAACACAAAAGUAAGGUGCUCUUUGAAUUGGUUAAAAUGCCUGAAAGUACCGGAGGUGUUGACGGCAUAGGCUACAUAAUGUUCGAAUGUGGCUUGGAGGGUGUGGGUGUGAAAAUAGUGAAACGUUCACAUUUUGAGAAGUCUGAAAAUACUAAAGAAGAACUAGCCGAAAUUGCUGAGAGCGCCACAGAGGCGGUGGGUAUUGUGCGUGGCGUUAAUAUAAGUGAUUUGGUGAGCGGUGCAAGCGCAGAUAUUAGCGCAACAUCAAAAGCGGAGGCAGCUUGGCGCUUGAUUACCAAAAAGCCGCCAACACCUAAAACACCCAAGGAGAAAUUUCAAACUGCCUUGGAAAGUAUAAUUGUGCCAGAGCGCACGGAGAGUAUGAGCGAAAAUCGGAAAUCAACUACGAAACCACAGGCCGAUGAAGAACAGGAAAAGGGUAGAAAUAAUGGCAAAGAACCAUUUGAGCAGAAGACACCAAAUGUGAAGGAGACUGAGAAGAACUCCUCAUGCGUAAUUGAGCUGAAAUCGGUGUGGUUCAACUUCGCAGCGCCGCCUUGUGUGCCGAUCACGCGGAAAAUUGAUUUAACCAGACUCGAUUGGAAUCUUUUGAGUACUGCUUCACCCGCCAUCACCGCCUGGAUGAACCCCAGCAACCGCUUGGCCAUCAAGAUUGUGUCGCUGAUGCGCGCUUUACACACGCGGCAAACAGCCAUAGCCGCCUGCCUGAUGGCAGAUGCAUUGGACAAUGAGAAAAUAAAGCGCAGUCCCAAAAUUAAAAAGAGCCGCUAUGCCAACAACUACACGCUGCUUUCGAAAACUUUGCAAGAGGAUCCCAGUUGUCAACUUUGCUAUAUAAUGCAGAAACUAGUGCUAGACGAGGGUGUGCAAAAAGUCGAGCAAAUCUUCAAGCAAAGCGAUGUGCCACAUUUGAAUACAUUGCGACAGGGUGUCAUUGUGCUGAGUCGCCAGUGGAAGAACACACUUUACAAUCCAAUUCUAUUUGAGCACCAGUACAAGAAUAAAUUGGCACGUCCCAUCAAUGUGACAUUUUCCUUCCCGCAACAGGAGGAAGAAUGCGAUGAUGCUGAAUGUGAAGGUGAAGCCGAUAUGGGUGCAUAUGCGGGUGUCGGCGAUAAUCCGGAAGAGAGUGAGAAUGCUUUAUUACUUGGGCAAACACAGCAUCAUCGAAAUCAUAUUGACACCUCACAGUUCGGUAUGGGCUUUGCAAAUGAAGCGUCGCUACAUGGCGCGGCACAAAGGUCAAACUCCACUUCACCAAAUAUACAUUCAACGCGCAAAGGCAAAGCGCUUAGUAAGUGCUCGAAUAUUUCACAUGGCAAUUCAUCUCGUUCUAGCAUACAAAUGCUGCCAAUAAUUUCUGGACUAGUGGAAAAGCAGGUGCCGGAAUUCGAGUAUGGCGCAUUGCAGGAGGGUUCAUUGAGUUCUAGCAAUUCAGUAAACAAAUUUUGGCUUGGACCAGAGAAUCAAAAGGAGGACUUGUACUUCUGGAUGGCCAAACAACAGGAGAAUAAAAAGAAGGAAAACUCUGUUGAAAAGGAGAUAAUACGGCCGGCGCCGGUGAAAGUACCCGGUGUGGGCCAUACACGUGGUGGCAUUUUGCAGGACUCAAUAAAACUGCUCGAUGCGCAUUUGAUUUUCGAGCCAUUGCUCACAUGCUUGGGUGUAAUGCCGCAACAGAUGAUCAACAAAUUUGCCAAUGCGGACAUUUCAUCCUUGGAGAAUUUCGGCACCAAUCUCUCGCUUAUCGGCACCUUUGACUCGAUACGUGUCGAUAUUGUGGUUAGCGAAGCGGGUGAUAAAAAGAAUAAAUGUUCCAAAUUGAAUAAGAAAUCCAAUGGCACAGGUCGUCAAUCGAUAAUGAUGGAUACGCCAUUGUUUUUGUGUGAACGUGUCGGUGUUGAGUUGGAGGUGUUGAAGAAGUCCGAUGGCAUGGUGGAUCAGGCGCGUCAAAAUGUAAUUUAUAUGUCGCGCAGGCAAUUGAAAAAACACACAAGCACCGUUAUCAACUUAAGCCUUAACAUACGCUAUAUUUCGCAGCAAGUCAACAUGCCUCUAUUGCGUCUACUGCAUCAAAUCACAAACAUGUAUCAGAAUGUUAAGGAGGCGCAAAAUGAGUUUCAUCAGCAACCGGAUUUGACCAGAAAGUCGCAUGCCAAAGAUGAAUGCAGCUUAGCCUCAGAACCGAAUGAUAUUGCGCCCUUCGGUUCUGUAUCGGAUCGCUUUGCACAUGCCGAGAACUCCUCUGAUGAACGUUAUGAUAAGUUCAAUGAAAUGAUAUCCAUGACACAUCCCAUAGGCGGCAGAGUGCGUCCCAGUGGCAUUGGCCCUUUAAUACAGCUAACCCCAUCGCCAAAUGCCAGAAAUCGACCAUCUAGUUUCGCCCAGAAAUUACGCUCAACUGGCAAGUCUGUUAAAGGAAAACUAGGCUACACCAAUCUAAAUGAGGCCAACUCUUCGCCACUACGCGAUAGCCCCACCACUUCAGUAGGUGAGCAGCAUAUAUUCAAAUUAUCGCUGGAGUCCAAGGCCUCACUUAAUGGCGCCUGUGCAACGAGCGUUAGCGGUGACUAUAAUACAAUAACCAAAAAUGGCUUCAGUGACAUACAGCCGUUGCUGCAGACGCCAAAUUGUUGGAAAACAAUUUACAAUUUGCUAGAGCUGUAUGGCACAAUGCCUGAAACAAAGACGGUUCAGCGCAGCUCUAUGUCUAAUGAGGCUCACGAUGCUGCUAAAUAUGGCGUAAAGAAAACUCCUGUGGGUGGCUAUAUGCGGCAGGAUACGCGCAACGACGAAGACGAUGCCACGAGUGCACCAACACCUUUGCCGCAGCAUCGUGAACUUGUGGAGACCCUGUCGCAAGAAAAGACUCGCUUAGUUGUCUUUGGUGUUGCGAAAAUUCACAAGACGCGUUUAAUGGCGACACUGAGUGGCUUAAAACUGGAAGCUGAAAUCACUACAUUGAAUGGCAGCGCUACUUGGCGUAAAAAAGCGCGCCCAGUCUCACUAGAAUGCUCACUAACUGGGCAGGUAGGACGCACUAUGAUUGUACUUUUGGAGGGUGUUGCACCAAAUCAACAAACUGUGGUAAAAGUGACUGUGGGCAAGUGUCAAACACUCUAUUCUAGUCUGACAAAGCGCGGCAAAGAUAAGAACAGCGGCUUGCUCUCCAUCGGUCCUGUGAACAUCGAAAUACCACAACAUCCCGUUGCACUUCACGGCAUGAUGACACGCAGUUCGAAACAGCUCAGCUCUACACUGCAAGAGCUCCGUGUCGGACGGAAUUCUGGCCGUUCUGCGUCGCGUACGCACAAUCCAGACGAACCAGAAUCUCCAUAUCAUUCACGCGCUGCCGGCAAAAACGUCGAUGCGAAGGAGAAAACACAGCCGCAACAGCAACCCAAAAAGAAACACGUACCACCCCAUAAACUGCCAGCGCAGCAAAAUGGCCUGCUGCAGCCGUUGGUCAUGCAGUUCAAUAUUCUACUGCAUAGCUUGUCGAUAAACGCAGCACUCUUGCCUUCGCUACAAGCGCAAUAUCGCAUGAAUUGUGUCAGUUCGACGGGUGUGACGGGUAAUCGCGCGAAAUUCGUUAUUGAUUUGCCGACACAUACGCUCAGCUUCAAUACGAAAAUACAGGUGCGGAAUGAGAUGAAUUUGCCAUCGGAGGCUUGCAUUGCGCUGCCUCCAGUGCACGUGAGCGCUGAAUAUAUACCUGAACAUCGACAAGAGGAGACAGAGCGCGUCGAGGGUAUUAUAUUGCGUCGCGGUGGCUAUGUGAAUGCCUCAGCAGAGAUUGGCGAAUUCGAGCGUUGCUUAACAACCGAUCUGCUUAAUCAUUUAGUGUUUGUGCAGAAGGUUUUCAUGCGCGAAAUCAAUGAAGUACUACAAAAAGUGUAUGGCGGUGAGAAACCGGUGCCGCUCUGGUCCGAAGAUAGUGUAGAUACAGCUAGCGUACAAGAGUCCUCACUGAAGCGUAUACUCUUUUCCAUCAACAUAUCAAUGAAGCGCAUACAAUUGACCGCUACAACACCUUGUUCGUCAGCGGUGCGCUUUGAGACUGGUACGUUGGAAUUGCAUUUGUCCAAUCGUGUUAAGAAUUUGGGUGAAGGCAAUGAUCGUAAAAUGUUUGGCAAGGCCCACAUUGAUUUCAAUCUCUCGCUUGGCCAAAUUAUACGCAACGUAAUUUUCGAUGAAGCUGAACCGGAGUUUCAACAGUACGCAUUCUUCCACACGACCAUCGGCUUGCGUAACGCCUUCCAAGAUGAGUUGUUGAAUGAAGACAAAGAAUUGGUGUUGUUGAAGCUAAAGCGUCCACUGCUCUACAUACAGCCGAUAGCUGUAGACAAGGCUAUUUUGGUGUGGUUGAACUAUAAGAAUGCUUAUGAAUAUUGGGCGGAGAAGCGGGCCAACUUGAAUUAUGAAAACUCACAGACUUUUGACCGGGUAGCCUUUGGGCAGAUAAGCAAUAUUGCCGCAUCCAAUUUAUCCACAUUGUUUCUACAGUUGACCGUGGAGGAUAUGGGCAUAUGUGUGCCAUUAAAUCAACCUGCAAAUCCCUGGAGCACUCGCUCUUUUCAUGACUUCGAAAGCAAAGGCGCUGUUGUGAUUACCCUAGAAAAUACAAUUAUAUCUGCUUGUAACUCCGGCUCGCUUGUAUCUAAAGGCAAAUUUCAAGGCUUGUGUCUAAGGUUUGCUGAUGACUUCGAAACCACACUUGACGAUUGGAAACCAAACGCCAAUGAGCCCAUUAUGAAUGUGUGUGUCGUCUCUGAGGGCACUUAUGAGGUUUGUUCGCGCACCACUGCUGCUAAGAAAAUGGAAAACGCCAAAUGGCUGCUCAAUGUGAAGUGGCAAAUGGAAGGUGUGGACAUACAUCUCGACAUAAAUAUCGGCAAACAACUCUCCUCACUCGGUCACACGCUUACAAUGUUGACGGGUUUUGAGGAGGACGAUACCAACAUGGAAUCGCCGGAUAGCGACGAAGGCGAUCACAGUUGCCGGGACACCUACGUGCGCCGUCGUGAAUUUGAUAAUCUGCCAUCGUUCGUGUUCGAUCCGACCAUCGAUUCGAAGAAGCGUUCUUUUAUGAUGGAAAAGGAAAUGGCUGAGCAAUUGAAAAUUAUUAACGAUUUGCGCACGCUAGGUGCUUCUCAUAAUACUGUGGCGCAUGAAGAGCGUCGUUUGCAGGAAUUGCAAGCGAUUUGUUACAAAUACUUUCGUCGCGAUAUGAUUCAGAAAUGGAAGCGUCCUUCUUUGCGACGUCCAAUGAAAACUUCCAGUCGCUCCUAUUCAUUCAUAGGCUCCUCAGGAAAUCGCGAACCUGCAGAUGAUAGUCUGAUGCCCGGGCCCUAUACCGGGCGUCGCUUGGAUCCCAUAGCAUCUAAUGAUGAAAUUUCCAGUUUACAGAGCACCCCAGUUUCGGGGCACUCAAGAAGCGCUUCGUUAAAAACGUGCCCUGCCAAUCGUGUAACCUUCUCCGAAUCGAUGCGUCAGACCUCGCUACCCAAUGCUGACACGGACAGUGAAGAUAUUGAUUGGCGCACACAGGAAGGUCACGGCGAAUCGACGCCAAGUGAAAUGGAUAUUGACGGCACCUCGGUGGAAAUGCGCAAAAAGCAUGGCUACCAACAGAAACAGCAAGAACCUAAUAUCGAUUUUGAACUGGAUAUUAAAGUACUUGUCAAUUCGGGCAAAUGUGUGCUGCACACCAAAGAAUCUACCGAGGAUCGUUUAGUUUUAAGUGGCCCAACAACGGUGAAGACACAUAAACGUGAGCGUAGUCUCGGCAAUGAUUGGGGCAGCCCUACGCCAUCACGGCGUCAACGCGAUAAAAGCAAGUUGCGCUACAACACCUCGAGCAAUGCAAUGUUAUCUGAUCUUACAAUAUUCCACAUUCCCGGCUUGGAUGUCAAACUGCACUAUCAGUCACGUACAAUGAAUGAUUUGGCGGAUAAUACACGCAGCGUGAGUGGCGAAAGCCAUCAUUCAACCGCACGGCGUAUGGGCAGCAAACGGGCUUCGUUGUUUGCCUGGAUGACGCUACAAAGUAUCCCUGAGGAAACCAUUAUAUCGCCACAUAUUUUGGAGUUCUUAGAACAGACUUUAGAGCCGAUACCGACCAAAGUGCCAGAUCUUGGUGGUGCGCAAACACCUUCAGCGAACCCGGUUAACUUGGACAUAUUGCCAACGAAUUAUGUUACCUACGCAUCGUUCCCUGUGGAUGUUAUUGUGUACUUUCACAUGCAACCAUCCACCUUCCGCUUCUCCUGCUUACCGGUAUCGCGUGUGGAGUGUAUGUUGCAGUUGCCCAGCUUGGACAUAGUAUUCAGCUCUAAGCGUUCGGGCGAUGAGGAGCCAGUACAGCAAGAACAUGCGCUGGACAAAACCACAGUAGAAAAGGAUAAAAUGCCCACUGGUGGCUUAAGUGUGACCGGUUGUCUGGCCGAUUUCAAUGUCUAUAUCUUCCAUCCUUACGGCGGUAAGAAAACCAAUGUCAAAGAGGCCCAAUUCUCACCACUCUCCGAUAGCGAACGCAAAGAUUCUUUGAGCAUAAAUGUGGAAUUUGUGAAAUUCCAAUUGACGCGUUGCCGUAAAGUGUAUGUUGAGCCAGCUGUUAUGAGCAAACGUGCCGUGGAUCAGUCGCGCGCGGUCAUACGUUUUUCGACUAUUGUUGAUAUUGGCAGCGCUUCCUUCAAGUAUGAUAUGCGUCGUCUAACCGAGAUCUUAGCUUUUCCAAAGGCUUGGUACCGACGUCGCAUAGUGCGUCGACUCUUCCUUGGCGAUUUGAGCAUGCAACACAUGGCCGGCACAGAGCCUGCCACACCCACUGGCACACCAUCUACCCCCAAAGAUGCCAGCGGCAGCAGUGGCGCUUGCAAGAUACCCGGUUAUGAAUGUGCAAAGUCCCCUGCAGAGGCGUUCUAUGGCAAGGACAAAAUGCGACUCGAUUUCGAUUCGCAAACAUCUUCACAACAGCAGUCGUCACAUACGGGUGCCGUACGUAAACUACGCUCGUUGGGCAAAUCUUCAAGUGCGGAUUCCUCAAGCACACCGCCAUCGGAAAAAAAUCAAAUUACCGCUUGGGAGACGCUGGUUUUAUUCGCUGUAAAUUUCACCAAAUUAAAUGUACAGAUGAAUAUGGGCAAUGUGAUGGGCAACGUGGUGUGGUUGACCAAGGACUUCCAGUCGGAUGGCAGGCUCUCUAUUGGCAGUACUGGCUAUAAAAAUAUGUAUAUUGGUAUAUAUUUGGGUGGAUCGUCGCUGGACGCCAAAGGUGGCAUAGUCGGUGGUAGCUUUGAAGUGAAUAAAAUCAAUACGCGCUUCCAUAUUAAGGAAGAAUCGGGUGUGGAACCCUACCACACCAUACGUUUGAGUUUUAUGGCUUUGGAGCUACGACUCGACUAUAUGGGCACAUCGGUAUUAAUGACGCGUAUUAGUUCAUUUUCGGCAGCAAUGAAAGACGAAUGGAAGACGUCGAUUAAUGCGUUGACAACGACAGAUUAUGGGGGCAGUGCGGUAACUGUGGGCGUCCACACCACUAAGCCUCGAGCUAUCAUCUUCAUACAUGGCGAUCUAUCUUGGGAUCAGCUACAAAUAAUGAUUUCAAAAUCCACCACAGCUGAUUUGCUAAAAAUGUAUUACAAACUCGAAGAAUUCUUCACUCAGCAAUUCAAAUCGUCGAAGCGUGUAUUUUCUAGCCUCGAGCCACGUUUGCAUGAGCGCAAUGCGAGCAUGAAGCGCAGACAGAACCGCGACAAGAAGAAAGCCACAACCAAUGGCGCUGCUGAUCCUGUAGCCGCUAAUCUGCCCGACCUCAGCAACACCGAUGCGCGGCAUCAUCGCCACUGGCAGAAACCUUUGGAGCAGGCCAUCGGUCUUGUUGUACCGACUUUGGUGACGCGUCUACCACGCAACGGCAACGUACUUGGUGGUACUGUGGAACUGCACGGUAACAACAUUUCGCUGGCCUGCUUCCACGGCAUCAACUUCAAGUCAAAAUCGUGGGCUUUGUUCAGUUUAAAAUCGCCCUCAAUAAAUUUUGCCACGGAAGCGCAUCAAGCACAGGAUACACACGACGUGUUUGUAACGCAGACGCUCACAUCGUGCUUGGGCCAAACGACUGAGGUGCAGCAGCAAAAUCACUCCAUGGCUAUUGUCAGCAGGAUAACACGCAACAUUAUCUUUCCGCCGCAAUUCAAGACGCUGAACGAGUGGUUCCACUAUGCGUUUGCUAAUAGCGAAAUUGAUUCGGUUGAUCGUUUCCCUAUAUUGGAACGUGAUCGUGAGAUUGCUUCGAACUCUAUAGAGCGUACGCGUGCGGCAGGCGCUAGCGCAAGCAGUUCCUCGAAAACGCAGGAACACAAUCACAACCGCGAGGUUAUUUUUGCGCUACCCAGUUUACAGCUGAACUUCAAGACUGAACACAGACAAGGCGCAAGCACGCCGGAACCGACAGAAACUAAGCCAGAGGUGCUCUGCAGUUUCAUAACCGAAUUCGAUGAUCAUAUAUUUGUGACCGUUGAUGCCGAUGCAUUCUUCUUCCUGCACGAUUUGAUAACAUCGUAUGUUAAGGAGAAAGAAAAAGUCAUUGGCGCCCAGUCGGUACGCGCCGCUUCGCCAAAUUUAUCACAAAACUUGAGGAGCCAAUUAAAACCCUAUGUCACCGACGAAAUACUCAAAGAUGCAAAUAAAGCGUCGUCAUCGUCCAAUUCGGGUAUUAAUUCCGCAACUAAUCUCGCUGCGGCCAGUAAUACGUCCAUUAACGUUUCGAAUAAUACAUUAGAUCAGAGCAGUUUACAUUCCAUCAGCAAUAGCAAAACGAAUGUUGCCGCUGCUUUUUGUGUUGACACUAAAGAUGCUGCCACAUUUGCAUCGACUUCACCAUCAACAUCAACAGCAGCAGCAGUUGGUGGUCUUACUUCGCCCACUGGCAACACAUCAACGUCGAAUGCGGCCAAUGGUGGCGGCGGCACAAAUGGCAAUCCUAUAGAUUUGGAAUCAUUUGUGCGUGAUUGGCGUCAUUUUGAAUGCCAAACGUGGCAUCUGGAACCGACUGUGCGACUGCUCUCGUGGGCAGGCAAAUCUAUUGAGCCAUAUGGUAUUGACUACAUAUUGAAUAAGCUUGGUUUUGCGCAUGCCCGCACAACCAUACCAAAGUGGUUGCAGCGCGGCUUCAUGGAUCCGCUGGAUAAGGUGCAAGCGCUGAUGAUGCUGCAGCUGCUGACAAUGGUGCGAGAAAAUAAAGUGGAGAAUGCACCAAAAUCGAAAUCGUCAAAAUAAUUUAAUCUUAAUUUAAAUAUAAUUUAAGUAAUAGCGAGAUAUUAGGUUAUAUUUGAGUGUAAACGGUAUAGCAAGAUUUAAUUAGAAUGUGAACAGUAGAACAAGAUUUAAUUAGUCUUGUAUGUUUGAUGUGUGAUGCUGUGAAUAUGCGAAGUUUUGUAAAUGACUAGCGCGAAUUCGUUUUUCUGAAUUUUUUUUUUAAUGAAAAUUAUGCAAUACUUAAAGUAUUAUUGAAAGUGUAAUAUUUUUCUUCGAAAUUUUUUGCAUAAUAUUUAUUUUGUUGGAAUUUCGUAGUGUGAUAAGUAAAUUGUUGAUUAUGUUUUUCUAAAAUUGUGGAAUGUGUAAGCGUCAAAUUUUAAUGCAAUUGUAGUUUAUUGCAAUUUUCAAUUAGUAUAUACGAAUAAUCGAUAAAAAAACAUACAUACUUAUAACAAAUAUUAU